UGUGGGGAGUGGCGGCCCGCGCUCGGCCUUCGCCCGGGCUCAGCUCCCGCGGCCGCCCAGCGGGGCCCGCGGCGCUUCUCGCUCUGUCCUGUCCGUCCGUGUGUCCGUGCGGCAGCUCUGCCCUCGGCAGGCCGCUGGCUUCGUCCCCGCAGAGCCUCUCGCGUCCCCAGAGUUUUGCGGUGCCGAGUUCUGCACAGACCCGGAUGCCAUGAUGCCUCAGAAGAGGGGACAGGUACCUUCCAGAAUAGCCAUGAGCAGUUAUUGGAAAGUCCUGGGAAUUUUCCUACUCUUUCUUCAAAGUGCACUGUCUCUCCAGCCAGCCCAGCCCAGCGUGCUGCUGGUGUCCUUUGAUGGGUUUCGAUGGGAUUACAUCUACAGAGUGUCCACUCCCAAUUUCCACUAUGCCAUGAAGAACGGGGUGCACGUCAGGCAGGUCACAAAUGUGUUCAUAACCAAGACCUACCCCAACCACUACACGCUGGUGACUGGGCUCUAUGCAGAGAGCCACGGCAUCGUCGCUAACGAGAUGUUCGACCCCGUCCUGAACGAAACCUUCUCCCUGAACAAAAUGAACACCCACAACUCCAAGUUCUGGGAAGAGGCCAGCCCAAUAUGGGUGACAAACCAGAGGGAAGGACACAAAUCUGGUGCUGCUAUGUGGCCUGGGACGGAUGUGAAGAUACAUGGAGUCUUGCCCACACAUUACAUGCCCUACAAUGAAUCUGUUCCCUUUGAAGACAGAGUAGCAAAGCUCAUUGACUGGUUUACAUCAGAAGAACCCAUAAACUUUGGUCUCCUGUACUGGGAGCAGCCUGAUGAGAUGGGCCACUUGCUGGGCCCAGAAAACCCACUUAUGGGAGCGAUAAUCAGUGACAUUGACAGAAAACUGGGAUAUCUCAUUUCUGAACUGAAGAAAGCAAAGCUGUGGGAUGUGAUAAAUGUCAUAGUCACGAGUGAUCACGGAAUGUCACAGUCAUCCUCAGAAAGGCUCAUUGAGCUUGAUCAGUAUGUGAGCAGAGAGCUCUAUGAAGUCAUUGACCACUCCCCUACAGUGGCCAUUUUGCCAAAAGAAGGCAAACUGGAAGAAGUAUAUGAAGCUUUGGCCAAUGCUCAUCCUAACAUGACUGUAUAUAAAAAGGAGCAGAUUCCAGAUAGGUUUCAUUACAAACACAACAUAAAAAUUCAGCCCAUCUUAGCAGUGGCUGAUAAAGGAUGGGAAAUUGUACGUAACAAGACUGAUGGUUUUCUGAUUGGUAACCAUGGAUAUGACAACACCAUACCAGAAAUGCAUCCCAUUUUUUUGGCAGCUGGGCCUGCUUUCAGAAAGAAUGCCACCAAACAAUUCAUGAAUGCUACGGACUUGUACCCCUUACUGUGCCAUCUGCUUGGCAUCAACCCACUGCCCAACAAUGGCUCCUUAAAUGCUGUGAAGGAUAUCCUUGUUGAGAGAGUUCCUGGAGCCCGUGGAGCAGAUUCCUACUCCACUGUUAUAGGAGUCUUCCUGGGCAGCUUGCUUGUUUUGGUUUUUACUGCAGUUUUUGUUAAGCAUUUUGUCCUCGCCCAAGCAAAUUCCAUGCAAAUCCAACACACUGAAGCUGCCCAGCCACUGCUGCAAGAUUAAUAACACCUGGAUUAUUUCCUGUUUGAGGCUUAAAACAAGCCUGUACAAAGAAAAUAAACAAUGGAUCAGCAGGAAUAUGUGGAGUGAAAGGAGAUGGAUGCUGAUCCAUUGGUACUCUGGGGCAUGUGCAGACCAAGGAUGGAGAGAGAGCAUGAUCCUGUUUCACCCUGCAGCCACUUCAUCCUCCAGGGCUUGAAGAUAUCCUAGGUAAACCUGGGAAGCUCUGUGUGUGUGUAGACCUGUAGUGACAAUAGGCCUCAAAUACCUUAUUAUGGCUGUUUUUAGGGAAAUAACAUCAACUGCAGUGCACUUCACAGAACUAUUAAAUGGUGAUUUCAUUUCCCACCCUCGUUUUUGUUUUAUUCUUCGAGGGGUUUUUUGAGUGUCUUUGAUUUUAACAAGUCACUGAAUUGUACUAAACUUCUUUGUUAGUACUUUUCUUCCCUGCCCAAGGAAGCUUUUGCUUGGAUCACCAUUACAGAUAACUUGGUGGGUUAAAUCCAGCAAGAAAGAACAUUAUUAUUCAGCUAGGUCAUGCAGUGCUAGUUGUCUAAGUUUAGAGUUACAUAUAUUCAAAUUACUGUGUCAACUGUAGCCCCAAAAUACAAAUCUUAAGAGGUAUUGCCUUUAGCAAUCAGCAUUAAACUGCUUGACUCUUAAUGUUGUAAAAAUUUAUUCAAGUAAAUACACAUUUUUACCACAUUUCAGGUAAAUGUAGGUCUUUACUUUUUUCUGUUUCCUAUACACUGCACUAAAUUUUCUAGGAGUUCCAUGCAGCUAGCAGGAUAAAGACACAUACAAGCACCACACCUGUAUAUUUCUAUUUCUGUGGUACUAAAGGAGGUGAAUAAGUUGAGGAACAAUGAUGCUCAGGCUGGUUUCAGAGUGUUGUCAGGCUUGUCCCUGGUCUGCUACUGGAGAUUCUGAGUCUGACUUGUGUCUUGUUCUUUAUCUGCUCUGUCUGGGUGGGCCUUGGAAUGGGGUGAUCAGGAUUACACACACAGUUUAAAGGGCAGCUGUAUAAAUCUUAAGCCAUAUAUGCUCUUAUAUCUAAAAAGCACACUUUAAUAACAGAAGAAAAGGUGUAAGACUGGAGUUUAUUUUUCCAGAGGAAAGCCUCUGUCAGGGAAAAAUAUUAAUUCUGUAUCAACAAAGGUACAUAUUCUCAUUCUUUUGUGUGUGGCAAUAAAUCAUCUUGCUAAUCUAGUUGUGGGGGUUUUUGUGAGCUCACUUAAAUGGUGAGAAUCUGCUGACUAAAGUUUGUAUGAAAAACAUUCUGAAGUGAGAAAAGUUGUCUAUUGUCAGACUUCUCCCCUUCUCCCUGAUGAUGAGCACUUUGUUGUUGAGUAUAAUGCCCGAAGGAGAAAGAAACUUCCAAAAUUAGUGCAGAAGUAGUAGACCUGGGUAUUUUUAAAUGCAAUUUAUGUCUGUAUCCACAGCCCCCAGCAGAGGGCAAGGAUGGAUCACCUCAGCUUUGGAUGGGCUCUGCCAAACCAAGGGCGUGACUGACAGUCAGUACUGCAUGGGGAGGGCUGGGAUACAAAAUCCCUUUUGCUGGGCUAAAUUCCAGACUUAAUGAAGAUCUGUUGUGUUCCUCAGUGAUGGCAGGGACACUUGCUUAGCACCAAGCUGUCUUGCAGACAGAUGUGGGCAUUUCCAGAGGCCGCAUUUGGGUGCAGUGAAUGCUUCAGAGGGAAGGCAAAGAAAUAGCCCGACUUAAGGGUGAUGCUGAAAGUUCAGCUGUGAUAGUAGCUUUAGGAAGGCAGGAAAAAUGCAGGUCUUUUGGAAGAGAACCCUUGAUUUGGGGGAUGUGUAUGAAAUCCUGUGAACUCCAGCUGACUCAGUGCUGUUCCUGUGCUGUGAACUGCCUUGUUUUCCUGCAUUGCCAUUUUCUUUAGAAAACACUGAAGGAGAAGGUCUGUGAGGCUGAUUCUUAGUGCAGCUGGCCAUUAGCUGUGCCUGAAGUUGAAUUUGCUGGCACGGUAAAACUGAGUGUUGCAGGGGCUCCAGCUGAACCACCACACCAGUAACGUGUUCACAGCAGUUUUCAGAGACCAGGGAAGCCUGAGCACAAAACCCCAACCUCUGAGUUGGUACUAAUCCCUCCCCUACCCACCUUCCAAAAAGUGGAUGGCACACAGCAAACUGAUGCACUGAGUCCACCUUUCCUUGCUUAUUUGCAGCUUAAAAAUGAAUUGUAGCACAAAUGUAUUGUGUGUUUAAAGGAAGGUCUGCAAGCUUUGAUAAGGCAAUAACAGUCACAAUUGUCUUAACAAUGCCCUAACCCUCACCUGUAGCUUCUGCACUUUGGAACAAGUUGCUUCAGUAGAAAUUCUUCUUAUUGCAGUAAUUUCAUAGCAGUGAUCGUGGCAGAUGUAAAAAUUACUGGGUUGUAAUCUCAAGAGCUUUUCAUUAAACCCUACUUUAAUUGUGGCAAGUGUAGCUCUGUCAUCAGCCAAAGUGACACUUGAUUUUAAGGAGGGGGCAAAGUUUGUCAGUGUUGAUCAGUCAUUUGGGACUUAGGUUUACCUUCCCAAAUAUGUAACAAGGAUGGAGCAGUAGGUUUCCCCCAACAAAUGGUUUGGGAACAAUAAUACUCAGAAUAGGCUGGGGACAUGAACGUGAAAAUUGUUGAUGUCAUUGUUCUGUAUUGCACUGUGAAGCCCAUCUUUGAGGAGGGCAAAAUAAAACUUUGUUUAAAAA